UCCCACCGAUGUAAUAAACAAAACAGUCGCCCCGUCAGCUUUGUCAUCACAGGGUCGUGUAUACCUGAACAAAGAUAGGCAAAAAAAGUCCCUGAAACUCUUCAUAUUUGAGUUAACGUAGAACGGGAACUCUUUCUAUUCCAGAAUGGCAAGUGUCUGUGUUGGGUCUGCUUUCAUUCCAUAUUAUAAUCAGCUGAUGCAGAUUUUGGAAACCAAUGAAGAUAUGAAGAAAACAGCAAAGGGUAUAUUCAAACAGAUGGCUACAGCUGCAGGUGGAGCUGCAGUGGGGGGUAUUGUUGGAGGUCCAGCUGGUGCCCUUGUUGGGACAUGUGUAGGAGCAGUUGCUGGCUACAUGAUGUCCGAUGAAUACAGUUCUAUGAUUAAAGUUUUGAAGAACAUGACAGAUGAGGAGAAGAAGAAGAUUGUUGCUAAAGUUCAAGAGCUUGUAGGAAGUGAACUGAUUGGAGAAUUAAUGAGAUUUGUGUCAGGGCAGGUUCAACGUGAAAUGUUACUCCAAACGCUGAGGGAUUGUGUGUCUGAUGUCAAGGGAGCAUGACGAUGGUUUCCAUGUCUGAGUUUUUUGUGUUUUUUUUUUUUUUUGGAAUUGUUCAAAUAAUAUUGAUUCAUAAGGGAGCCCAGGGUUUGAUUUACCGUUUAACAUAUCUAAUGAAAUUAAUUAAUCUGCAAAAAAAUAUAAUAAAUAAAUAAAAAGGGAUAUGUGCAUUAUCAUCUAAGAUAUUAUUUUUAAGCUUCAGUGUUUUGGAAAAGGGAAAAGGUUCAUAUUUAUCUUGAUAAUUUAAUAUAGAAUCUUGCAGAAUAUUAACCACUAAUAAUUUUUUUUAUUAUUUGAGAUUUGAGUAUUCCUUUGAAAUAUACACCUUCUGUAUAUCAGAGACAAAAAUGCUUGUUCACUAAUUUGCAGGUAGUGAAUUUGUAAAAAAAGAUUUGGAGAAAGUUGACAUACAACAUCUUCAGUGAAGGUUCUGUAAAUAUAAAUAUAUAUAUCAGGUAAUCUCACGAGAAUUGAAAUUAUCUUUAAAACAAUUAUAAAAACAAAGCAGGACAAUAUUAUUAUUAUAUUGAUUAUAUAUGAAUAUAUAUAUAUGUGUGUAUUGAGCAUUGGAAAAAUAGUGUUUUGAUUUGAAAAUCUAAACAAGUACAUUAAUUGUUACUCUUUAGAGAUGUAUAUUUAUUACACAGAAGGAAAUCACAGCUAGGUUAAUAAGUGGAACUUAUAUAUUUUCAUUGUUACAUCCAGGAUACCUUUUUCUCCAUAACAGAAUAUUUCUUAUCCAAUUAAUCCUCUCUUUCAACAAAACUGUUUGAUCUGAAAGUUGUACUAAUGGUGUUCAAAUUGUUAAUCCAUAUGUGUGUUUGUGUGCAUCUUUUGGAUUUAUAAUGUUAUUUUUAUGAUGCAUCUCAAGGGUGAUUCUCAAUAAACUUUUUUCCAAAGCUUA